AUGGAUUAUAAAUUACAAAUGGCUCAAUUUCAAAACAACUACACUUAUGCAAAAGAGCAGACAGAGAACAUUUUAAAUAAUGUGGCUAGUCAUUAUUCGAUACCAGACAAUCGUCCUAAUGAACUAGAGAUAUCGGAAUGGACAGGCUACACAAAAUUACAUUUUGGUGUAAAAACAACAGCCUCACAUCUUAUUGAGCAUUUAAUAUCGCAUGAUGGUAAUAAUUUAGUAGUACAAGGUAAGAAAAAUGGAUGUACUCCUCUUCAUAUAGCUGCAAGAAUAGCUUUUAAUACAGUUCGAUAUGAUGGUGACUUAUAUUCUGAAGAAUACAAGUCUUACAAAGAUAAAAAAAUGCAAGAAUAUCUUAUGAUAAAUACUUUAUUGUCCAAACAAGUUGAUUUUAACAUCCCUUUCAAUCCAAUGGAUAAACAUGGAGUGAGCCACUUCCACAUUGCUUGCAUAGUAGACCAUGCAAUAGCUGUAGAAUUUUUCAUUAAAGCUAAAGAACCUCUUGAACAGCGCAUCCAAUAUAAAUCUAAUCAUAAUUAUGAUGACUACGUGAACAUAAAGCAGUUACAAGGAUAUACACCUCUGCAUUGUGCAAUAGCAUAUUCAUCUGUUCAAGCUGCACAUAUUCUAAUUAGAUAUGGUGCAAAUUUACGUGUCAAAAAUGCAAAAAACUUAAGCUGUUUUGAUCUACUAAUUGAACGAUUAAUGAGAAUGACAAAUGUUAUUACAAUGGGCAAACGUAGACUAUCCAAGAAAUAUGUAGAGCAAAAAGAAAAGAUUGAGCACAUUAUCAAAAUAGUGCUGUUCACAAAAACUACUAAUGAACUGUUUAUAUCUGAUAGAAAAUUUUCAGGACUUCAUUUAGCCAGCACAUUGAAAGAUAAAUCAACAAUAGAAUAUUAUCUGAGUCAAAAUAUGGAUAUAAACAUGUCAAUAAGGGAUAAAUUUGAAUUUUGGCAAGGUUGGACACCACUCCACUUUGCUUCCAUCUUUAAUGUAGAAACCAUGGUUUUUCUUAUGGAAAAUGGAGCUGAUAUCACGAUUAAAAAUGUGAGGGGAGAUACUCCAUUGGACUUAUGUGCAAAACGAUUCAGACCAGUAGAAAUAGAAACAGUUUUAUCAGUGAGGAAUGAAUUGAAAGACAUUGUACUCUCGGAUGAUCAAACAAAACUAUCAGAUUUGUUAUUAGCUAUGAAUGAUUAUGACAGUUUUACGAGCUUUAUAUAUAAGCUCAAAGACAUUAAUCUAAUAAUACCAUGGACUUCACCAAUUUGGGCUGGCUACAACAUGCUGCACUUGUCAAUAUCUUUAAACGAAAAGAAGUUAUUUUGUGAAGAUGUAAUCCAAUUUGAAUUACCACAAACCGAGAGUGUUGAUGAUGACUUUUACAAUUGCACAGAAGAGGAAGAGGCAUUGUAUUGGAAAAGAAUCGAACUGUGCUUGAAAUGUGGCUGCAGUGUCAAUAAGAAAAAUGCCAAGGGACAAACUCCAAUUCACUUGGCAUUUUGCCUGUUCAAAAGAAAAGCAGUAACAGAAAUGUUGAAACUGUCAGAAGACAAUAUAUUUGAUCAGAAUAGCUUAUCCAGUUUACACAUAGCUUGUACAUCAGGAGAUUUAGAUCCAAUUAAAAGAUAUAUAGAAGGAGGAGCCGACGUGAAUAGUCGAGUAAAGUGCAGUUUUUAUUGGCCAGAUAUAUAUCAGUGCGAAAUCGAACCUAUGUCAUUUAUAAGAGUAAAUUCGACGCCUCUACACAUAGCCGUAGCAUUUGGCCAUAAAAAGAUCUCAGAGUAUUUGAUAAUGAACAAGGCUGACGUUUACGCUAGAGACACGCUGGAUCUCACCCCGGUUCACUUGAUAAUGUCUAGAUAUAGCGUUUGGAUACAAAAGAACUUCGCUCAAUCAUUUUUCAAAAUGAUUCCAAACUUGCGAAAUGCCGUGAGCCAAGCCGGCCUGACUCACCUGCACGUAGCUGUCAAAGCUGAUGACCAAAGUGCUAUAAACCGGAUGAAGCAGGAAGGUGCAAAUAUCGACUCCGUCGUUGAUGCUAAAGUGACGAAACCAAAUUUCCUCGCUCGCUUAGCUGGGAAGACGCCAUUGCUCAUAGCGAAGGACCAUUCUAUCAAAGCUAUAAAGAGUUUGCUGAAGCAUGGUGCAAACGUGCACAUCAAAGAUCUCACAGGAGUUUCCUUCUUGCAAUACUCGAUAUACGAUCUGGACAAUGCCUGGACCGAGCCGCUGGUUCGAGUGCUAAAGAAAGGAUUUUAUAACGUUGAAGAUAGUGGCAUAACGCUGCUGCACUUCGCUUGUGGAACGUGUGAUGUCGUAUGGGUUUCAUGGCUAUUGGAUAACGGAGCUGACGCAAAUGCGCGGAUUAGUAUAGACGGGGACUUGCAGGGCGCAACGCCCCUCUAUAUGAUUUUUACGUCCUCCACCACUUUUGAUAUGCCUUCUUCCACCAUUAUUGAUCUCGUUAAUAUGCUUUUAGAUCAUAAUGCCGACGUCACCAUUGACUGUGGCGGAUGUACGCCGCUCCACCGAUUAUAUCAAGAUAUGCUUGAAUGCGAGGACUUUUACUUGAAUGAUAAACACGAAAUAGAAUUCAUGCCAGACGUUGUCGAUUUAUUGUUAGAAAGCCAGCGAUCAUACAAUGUCAAUCCCACUAAUUCCCAAGGGUUUUCACAUUUUCACUUCGCCUGCGCAAGAAACAACUUGAAAGUAAUAAACAAGUUUUUGGAUAAUGGAGUCGAUAUUAAUCUAAAAGUCGACCCUUUUGUAACAUAUAUCGGCGGUUUCACGCCUCUCCAUUUCGCGAUGGCUGAUCGUCGCACGGAAGCAGCUUACCUUCUUUUAGAGAAAGGCGCUGACGUUAGAGCUCAAGAUGCAUACGGUAAUGAGCCGCUUCAAGUUGGCAUCAAAAGUAAAUUCAUAAAUUUGCCACUUAUCGCGCGUAUGCUCAAACUGGGAGCUGAUAUCCAUACUACAAAUUUGAAAGGAGAAUCGGUUUUCGACUGUCUUUUAGACUAUGGUGGUCUAAGUAUCGAAUCACUGGAAUUCUUUUUAACUCACAACUGCUAUUUAAAAGUCUCAGAUGUUGAGCAAGGAAUUAUCGGAUCAUCAAUGCUCAGUAUAGCACCAAAAGAGUUCCAACCGAUUUUGGAAAGAUUCAUGGAAAUUGAUGCGGUGAAGAUGGCAAUGCAAAACGGAAUUAAUAUUAUUGACAGCAUUGUCGCAAUUAAACAUGACGGUGAAGUGACCGUUGAUAAUUAUUUAAAGUGUAUUGGAUAUUUAAUCGAUAAGGACUGUGAUAUUAAUCAGCAGGAUACAAAAGGACAAACCUCUUUACAUAAAGCUACGAAUUUUUCUAAUGUAGAGGCAGUAAAAGCUUUACUCCGGCUUGGAGCUGAUGUGAACAUAGUAGAUAACGAAAACGAAUCUCCAUUUUCGCAAAUUCUUUCGAACGUCAAUUAUCGUGCAUGUGAAUUUCGCAAAAAGGCAGUUAUCAGAACGCUUGAAUGUCACAUAUGGAAAUUGAAACUCAUUGCACUUGAACUUAAUGAUUUAAAUUCAACCUAUAUCGAAAGAAGGGAAUUUGAAGUACAUCACGAUGACAUAAUGUGUCAAAAUUGUCAAGAUGAGUUGAAAAAAGCCCAAAUAACUGUUAUUGUUCAGUUUAUAACUGUAAAAGAUUUUCUAUCGGAAUUUGAAGCAAUAUAUAGGUAUCCAAGGCUAUCCUCUGAAUUAAGAGAUGUGAUUGACAAUUUUUUCAAAUGCCCUUAUAAAUUGCGCCGAGAGUUUCCUGAGUUUCAUGAAUUACUAGCUAAGCAGUACAGAAAGGCUUGUAUUAGACAGCGACUAGUACAACCAACAAGGGACGCGAUCACUGCUAUUUGUGGAGUUCGUUUUCCGGAUCUUUGUUUAGAACUUAUACUGGAUUAUUUUCCGAAUACUGACAUGAAAAUUACUAUUAAGAAUGCGAAAGAACUAUUCGGUUAGUUUUAAUAUCCAAAGAUUGCAAUGUUUGUUUUAUCGAGGAGUAGAUACCGAGAAUUAAUGUCGAUACUACUAUUUGUAUGAUUUUUGUAUAACGAGUCUAAUAUUUUUUAAUUAUACAUCAUCAUGGGUAUGUUGUUAAAAUAAUAAAAAACAAGCUUUCAUUUUUAAUUUAAAAGACUGGUUUUUUAAUCGAAAUAAGUUUAUUCACAUAAUUGUAUACAACGAAAAAUGUACAAGUCGAAAAAAUUAACUCUAUGUAAAUUUCAUACUCUGAUGUGUUCUAUUGAAUUGUACGAAAAUACAGAAGUAAAAAUGAUGGGGAUGAUCCAGUUACGCUAUACUAGGUAAAUCCAAUAAUUGCUAUGUUAACGGAACGAAUCUUAAGGUAAAAUUAAAAUUAUAUUAUAAAUCAUUGUCAUUAUUAUUUGUAAGUAUUGAUUUUUAAGUGUUAUUUUCUCUCAACUAUCAUGCUCUGCAGCUCAAAAGAUAUAGUAUAAAAAUAAAUAGAAGAAUUUUCCUGUGAAUUAUGUUUUAUCCUGUCAAAUAUAUCAUAAUUUAUUACAAAUUUAUGUGCCAAAAAAAAAACGAUUGCUAAAAUUUUAUAAUGUUAUAAAGUGCCUGAAAAUAAUUACUGUAAAAUAAUAAUAAUAAGAAUGAAUUCCAAAAUAUAAAAACUAUCGACUCAAAUGUGUACUAUUAAAAAAUAUUAACAUAAAUCCAUUUAUUUUAUCUUAUCAAUUUUAAGAGCUGUAAACAAUCACCCUUACCAUAUCACUUUUACGCAGGUUUUACAGCCUAAUCGGCAUUAAAUAUGUAUUGUUUUUUGCCAAAGGGCCUUACAAAUGAUACAUGAUGAUCCUAAUUUUUUUAGGUAUGUACUUUGAUUGGACUUUAUUUUUUUUAAAGAACGUUGACAGACACAGUUACUUAUCACUGCUAAGAGAUCAUUUACCAGGCUUAUUAAAAGAUGUCGACUUAGCAACAAGAACAAAAAUGUGGAUUCAAGAAACUGGUGUUGUUCCGCAUUAUGCACUCAUUGCACAUACCUUUUUAAAUGCCAAUUACAAUAACAGAUGUAUUGGACGAAGGGGACCAAUUGAAUGGCCUCCUUGCUCACCAGAUCUAACGUCGCCUGAUUUUUUAUGGGGAUACUUGAAAAAUGUUUUUGCUGAACGACCAAAUAGCUGUAACAAAUUUUUGACUGCAGCGAAUUAUUAUGAUAAUUACUAAAUUAACUUAUUAAUGAUGUUUUGCAUUGAAAUUAUACGAUUUUAAGUUUAAUAUAAAAUUUUUAUCGAAGUUUUUUAUACGGUAUUUACUGUUGAUUAAUAACUAUUUUGACAAAAGGAAAUUGCAUUUUCUUCUGUCUACUGAAAAGG